ACUGAAGGGCGGGGGAAGGAGGCGAGGAGACGCCGCCGCGGGCGGGGCUCUUCCAUCUGCAAAAUGGCCACGGGGGGCUCAGAGACACCCCCCCCCGCUUCGCGGCGAGUGGCCGGGCAGCGGCAGACUCCCACGGGGAGGGCCUGGUGGGCGUGGCGGGCAAGCCGAAGGAUGCGCGGGGGGGGGUCCGAGAGAGGCCCGGGGGGGGCGGAAAAGAGACGCGGAGGGGGUUGGGGGCGGGGUCUCCAGGGCGCCCCCCCUCCCCCGGCCCCAGCAGAGAGCCCGAUGCCCGGCACUUCCGGCGGCGGCCCCUGCUGUGGAGGCGGGGCCGGAAGCCCCGCAGCCAGGCCGGCCCCGCCGGAAAGACCCACUCCGGCUUCCGUAGCGUGGGCCGGAAGUGACUGACCGCCUUCCGCCAUGAACGCCGCCGUCAGCGGGAGCGUCCUGGAGGCCGAGCCCAGCCCGGCGGCCGCCCUCCUCGUCCCCGCCCCCCCGCCGCCGCCGCCGCCGCAGCCCCCCGCGCCCCCGCCCGCCCCGCAGCCCUCCGCCCUGGCCGCCGUCGCAGGGGAAGGGGCCAAGGGCAGCCCCGGGGCCGUGGCGGCGGCAGGAGCAGGAGGCGGAGGAGCAGGUUCCGUGGCCGCCGCCGCCGCCUCCUCCUCCGUGCCGCCCUCCGAGGGCCCCGCCGUCUCCAACGGGCUCUUCGUGCCGCCCGGAGCGACCCCCAACGGCGACGCCAAGGCCGCCUGCUCGCCCGCCCCCUCCAGCGCGCCCCUGGUGGACUUCCUCCUGCAGCUGGAGGACUACACGCCCACGAUCCCGGACGCCGUCAGCGGCUACUACCUCAACCGGGCGGGCUUUGAGGCUUCGGACCCUCGCAUCAUCCGCCUGAUUUCCUUGGCUGCACAAAAGUUCAUUUCUGACAUUGCCAACGACGCUUUGCAGCACUGCAAAAUGAAGGGAACGGCCUCCGGGAGCUCGCGCAACAAGACCAAGGACAAGAAGUACACACUGACCAUGGAGGAUCUGGCUCCCGCACUGGCAGAGUAUGGUGUCAACGUCAAGAAGCCCCACUACUUCACCUAGGCCCCGCUGGGGGAUGGCAUCUUCGGGACUCCUGGCGCUUGCCCGCCUGCAUUCCCCCCACUCGCUCGCUCGCUCCCUUCAGAGACGUUGUGCUGGUUGCCAUGAUAUUAAAGUGCUUUCUGGGGCCUGCGUAGAUCUCUGCCCACUCCCUUUCUGGCUGCUGCCAAGGGUGGAUCCUGGCAGGGGGAGGAAGGGGGCAGCCUGGACCAGGAGGGGGAGCUUAUUGUGUCUCUCUGCCCCACCACCCUUUAAACCCCCUGGACUGUUGGCAACAAGUUUGCUUGUGUAACCCUAGAGAUUUUUGACCUCAGGAGCUGGGGCCUGACCUGCUGCCUGCCAUGGAAGAAAGUGCUGCUGUGCUUGGCCUCUUUGGCCGCGUGUGUGUCCAGUGGGCACCAACUGGGGUUGCCCGGUGCCCUUGGGCUAAGAAAGUCCAGCAGAGCAAGCGCUGUUGCUGCGUUCUGGGCUCGAUGUUCUUCUGGCUGCCUUGCAGGUCCAGAUGUCUUGUUUGAGAACACGUGUGUGUCCAGGCGAUAUCCUUGUGUGUGCAGGGGAAGUGUUGCGCUAUAAAAAGGGGACACCUGCAUUUCUGAA